UUGACUCAUGAGCCCCGCUGUCAUAUCUGGUGACCCACAGGUGCCCACUGCCUGCCAUUUUGACCCAGAUGAUCCUGGUGACCUGAGUGCCGCGCUGUCCUACCUGUGUGACCCGAUGCCCGCUGACUCGAGCCCAGACGAUCCAAUGCCUGGUGAUACCCGGUGCCCACUGCCUUGCCAGAUGACGCGGUGCCCGCUGACAAGCCAAAUGAACCUGAUGCCUGGUGACCCGAUGCCCGCGUGUCGAGCCAGACAAUCCGGUACCUGAUGCCAGGCCGGUGCUCACUGUCGUGCCCGUUGACUCGGUAGCCCAGCAUGCCUGAUUGCCGUGAUGACCCUAGCGGUGCCCGCUUUCGGCCUCCAAAUGAACCUGAUGCCGGGGACCCAGUGCCCGCUGUCCAGUCAUAGACGAUCCAAUGUCUGACCCAGGGCCAGGCGGUC